AUGAACAUCCAACGGUUCUCCAACUUAAUCUCAAUAAGAACAAGGGAGAUCUCCAAGAGGAUCCAAAGGGCCCUUAAUGAGAUAAGUGAGAACAUACAGCGCGAAUAUCAACAGCACCAAGGUCAAGAAGGAGCACCAGGAUCACCACGGCAACGGCAACGUCAACGUCAACGUCAACCGGCUUAUGCUCCGGUGCCAGUGCCUGUGCCAGCUAGAAAUAGCAGACCCAACAACCCUUUUGUGCGCCAGUUCAGUACAUCUGCUCGUGCGUACUCUUCAAACCCCAACUGGACAAGAGCAAACCCCACAUCAUGGUUCCAAAAAUACAACCUUUUCUUGAGAAAAGUGACGAGAUUGGGUUCCAAGUCAAAGAUAUUGACUACAUUGAACCAUGGGUUUUUGUACCACAACUUUUCACAAACUUAUCAAAACCCAUUCAGGUUAAAGAUUUAUCAACGCAAUUUGAAACAGACUUAUAGAUCAUUGUUUAAUAACUUGCGGGAGAGGUAUCAAGUUUACAACAAGGGAACAGUAUCACAAGAGGGUCAAGUUUUGAAGACACUCAGAUUGAACUUGUCAUUGUCUGCUGAAAAUCAUCACUUUGUCACCAGAUUGGCCAAAACUGACUCAUCAGCAUCAAAGCAAGAAAAGAUCGAAGCAAAUGCCCAUUUUACCAGUUGCUUUAUUGCGUUUCCAUUAAACUUCAGUUUAAACAUUCCAAAUGAAACGUUUUUGUCGGAGGAAGUUGUUGAUGAAAUGAUGUACAGUGUCCAACGCUUCGAAACCAAGUUGCAAAGCUUUAAGCAAGAUCUCCACAAUUUGUUUGAAUUGGGCGAGUUGCCAAUGAAGUAUGUGGACAACACGAUUAGAGUUUACUUUCCAAAUUGCGAUAAAGAGAAGUUGGAGAACCUUUGUCAAGAAAAGGGCAUAGUUGGGGGUAUAAUUGUUGAAGAGGAGUCGGAUGUACCAGUUGGUGAAGCAAGGGUGAACCCCACACCAGUGGACUUGUUGAGCUCAACAAAUAGUGGUGGCAGCACUUACUCGAGUGACAUUUUGAGCACAGACUCCAGUGAGAUGGAUCAUCAUUUGUCCCCACAUGUAAUCAGACCUGUUGAGGUACCUUUGCAACAAGUAAUCAGUGUCAACGAGGAUUAUCACUGGGUUUAG